AAACAAUACGAACGCGUGCCGUGCAAAUAAAAAUGCCAAAGCCUGUGAACGUUGUUGUAGAAAUGAGCGGUGAGAAAGCUUAUAAAACUCUCUUUGCUGAGCUGUCUAGUUGGGUUCGACGCAGAACCCCUUCGGCCGAGUGUACAGGAAAGACUGGUAGCGAUGGAGCUUUUGAAGUGUUUGUGGAUGGCCAAAAGAUAUUCUCGAAGUUGGACAGCAAGGGAUAUCCUGUCUUAAAUGACAUUGCCAUGGUGAUUGAAAAGUACGCGAAUGGCAAACCAGCUGUUAUUGUGACAAAAACAACGCCAAAGAAAUGUCCACGUGGUAAUGAAAAUUGCGUGUGUGGCAUAAGUUUUAGUUUAAAAAAAACAGAUUGUCCAUGCCAGUGUGUAAAAUGUUAUUAAAUGUAGCAGCUUGUCACCUUACCUUGAUCUCUAUAUACAAGAUUUUAUCUAAAUGAUUCUCUGUGAUGUUUCUAACUUUAAAUUUAAAUCAAUUUUUAAUACUUAGCUAUAUCAGUUUAUAUACAUUUGAUUCAGACAUAUUACAUUUUAUCCUACACUUGUUAGUUAAAUAUGAAUCAAAAUAUAGAAAUCUACCGUCUCAUA